ACGCGAGACAAGGGUUGGAAGCUUGUGUUAUUCAUUGUGUCCGUCCAAUAAUCCUUAAGGACCUCGUUGUCAUUUGUUUGCUUUAGCUUCAGUGUGACGUUCAGAAUGCGAAACAAGUCACUUGAUGCUUGUUCCGCUUAGCAAAAUUCAUCUAAUUUAGCUUUAUUGUGGCUAAUCACGGCGAGGAACAUCCAGCUGGAUCCGGAGUCAGGUCUAAUGUGAGGUAGCUGGAACAAUGGCCAGUCCUAACGAUUUACAGUUUCAAGAGUUUGAGGAAGCAGCCGAGUUGCUGUCUGCAGACCCAGGGGCCUCCACACUCAGCAUGUCUGCUUCAAUCGCCUCCUCAGCAGCAGCAGGAGAGGAGGUUAAACUGGAUCUGUCAGAGGAUGAAGACACUCAGGAGGAGAGUUCAGAGCUGUUGGGAAGCCAGAAACCAACGGCCAGCUUCUUGACCUUUGAGUACUAUCAGUCUUUCUUCGAUGUUGAUACAGUGCAGGUUCUGGACAGAGUUAAGGGAUCGGUGAUGCCUUUACCUGGAAGAAACUUUAUCAAACAUUAUCUUAGGAGUAAUCCAGAUCUGUAUGGCCCAUUCUGGAUCUGUGCUACACUUGUGUUCUCCGUUGCAAUCAGUGGAAACCUGUCCACGUUCCUCAGUGAGAGGGGAAACCCUGACUACCACUACAGACCACAGUUCCACAGAGUAACAAUAGCUGCAGUGGUCAUCUUCCUGUACGCCUGGCUGGUGCCAAUUGGUUUAUGGAGCUUUCUGACCUGGCGUCAAGGAGCUGAGAGACAGGUUGGAGGCUAUUCCUUCCUGGAGACAGUGUGUGUCUAUGGCUACUCCCUCUUCAUCUACAUCCCCACAUCUGUUUUAUGGAUCAUACCAUCUGAGUGGUUGCACUGGACACUUGUCCUCGUUGCCAUGGCGAUUUCAGGCUCAGUCCUGGUCCUGACCUUCUGGCCCGUGGUCCGUGAUGACACCAAGCUGACGGCAGUGGCUACGGUCGGGACCAUAAUAGUUUUGCAUGCGCUGCUGGCGGUUGGCUGUAAGAUGUACUUCUUCCAGACAGCAGCACGGUUACCAGUGUCCGAAGCUACAAACAAUUACAAUGCGUCGACCACCGGAGUCCACUGAAAACCAAUACAAGGGGCUGGAAAGGAAGGCUACAUGUACAUACAACCUGACCAAUAGCUCCUAUUGUUAUCAUUAUUAGUAUUAUUAUUAAGGAACUGGGUGAGUGUAUGUAAUCUGAGGUUGGUUUGUGUAUUUGUGGGGUGCUGAUUCUGGAUGAUGUGCGUUGUGUCUGUUCACACUGUUCUUUCGUGUUUUCAACUUCAAAGAUGAGGAAACGACUUUACAAGUCACUUUAGUUUAUUAUUUAUGUUGAUGAUGUGGCAUCUGUUGUUUCUGCAUCGCAUUCUUUAAUAAAUGAAGUUUUUUUGUUCCUUUCUA